AUGGACCCUCCCCUUCCCUCCUUAACUUCGGUCUGGCAUAACGGGGCAUACCCGGCAAUCUCACCGUCCCGGCCCGAGUUGAGCGCUGCAGGGAAGACGGUGAUUAUAACUGGCGCAGGCAGUGGAAUUGGUCGCGCAGCUGCACAGGCCUUUGACAGCGCUGGGGCCGCCCGGAUAGUCCUCAUCGGCCGUAACAAAGAAAAUCUCGAAGCAACUAAGGCCACCCUCAAAUGUCAUACUUCUAUCCAUUCAGCGGACGUCAGGGAUGAGAAAGCAAUCACAUCUCUCGCUGCAAUGACGGGAACAUGGGACGUGAUGAUCCUUGGUGCGGCAUAUAUCUCUGAAUUAGUGUCGAUCAAGGAGUCUUUUGUGGAUGAUUGGUGGCGGACCCUUGAGGUGAAUCUUAAAGGUAUCAUGAUUACUUCUCAUGCAUUCCUUCCGACUGCAAACCCGACUCAUGCCGCGAUCGUCGGGUUCACAAGUGCGGCUGCCUUUACAGCAGCAAGACCGUCAAACCUCUCCUCAUACGUCACAUCGAAGCUGGCUAUCAUCAAAUUUAUCGAGUUUCUGGCUGUGGAGAACACAAACCUGUUCGCAGCGGCCAUGCACCCCGGCUUUAUUGAGACAAGCACUUUCAACGAUUCAGGCGCUGACGCCAGUCAACUUCCCAUGGAUUCAAUUGAAAUGCCUGCAAACUUUCUGGUCUGGCUGACUAGUCCCGAAGGUUCAUUCUUGAAUGGACGAUCGGUUUGGGCCAAUUGGGAUGUGGAUGAACUCAAAGCCAAGGCUGAGGAUAUUCAGUCCGGAAAUCUCCUGACUUCCGGUGUUCAUGGCUGGCCCUUUACCCCAUAA